CAUUAUUUCUCCUUCCGGGUCUGCUCCUCUCUCUUUCCUGUCUGCCAUUUGUCGUACACGGGGACCCUCCGUCUAAACUACAGACAUGCAGAACGACGCUGGUGAAUUCGUGGACUUGUACGUCCCACGUAAAUGCUCUGCAAGCAACAGAAUCAUUGCAGCUAAUGACCACGCUUCUGUCCAGAUCAACAUUGCCGAGGUGGAAAAGUCAACCGGUCGCUUCAAUGGCCAGUUCAAGACUUAUGCCAUCUGUGGAGCCAUCCGCAGAAUGGGAGAGUCUGAUGACUCCAUCUUGAGGCUGUCUAAAAAUGAUGGCAUCAUUGCCAAAAAUUACUGAAGAUGUCCCUGGAGCUGUGGAAAUUUGUUAAAUAAAAA